AUGCACUCUUACGGGCUCAAGCUCGCCCUCCUGGCAAUCUCCGCUGGGAGCGCCCUGGCCGCAUCUGGUGGCGCUUGCGACAAAGCCAGCCAGAAGAAUACUGGUACUGGGUAUUGGGCGUACACGCCGGCCGGUGCCGGUGAACUUACCCAUUCGUACGAGGCCGAAUCGUUGCCCAAAUGCACCGACCUCUGCAAUGGCGAUUCCGCCUGCAUGGGCGUCAACUUCAACAAGCUCGCCGGGUUGACCGGAGAAUGUUGGUUACUGGGGAAAGAACAAGUAGCGACUUUCGACAACCAGAUAGCGUUCCCCUAUUGGUUCAACGCUUCGCGUCAUCCAGGUGAAACUCAAUCUUUUGCUUGGAAGGGUCAGUGCGGAGACACCGAGGCGGAGGACUUCCAAACCAAGAUCCGGGAAGUCCAAACGGAGGUGCCGGAAAUGGAAUGCUGCAACAUUUGGUACUAG